CUGCAGCCCCCCCCCCACCCCGCUGAUUUACCCCCCCGCCCCACAGCGAGGGGAGGGAGACAAACACCCCUCGCUUUGCAAAGAGACAAUUUUUUGGCAGGUGCUAAUUUUUUUUUUUUUUGCAUGCUCUGGAUUUGGCUCUUUAAUCCGGCCGGCGACAGCUCGCGCGCGCACACACACACACACACACACACACUGCCCGGAGUGGUGCUGGCUGCAGCUCCCAUCCUUCCCUUCUCCUCCUCCUUCCUCCCCUGCCGCUGCUGCUUCUCCUGCUCUUGCUCCGGAUCGCUCUUCCUCCGAGCCGUAUGUUUUGUACCAGCACCGCAGAUGAUGACCCUGCACUGACCUUGCCCUGAAGACCCCUGCAGCAGCGUUGGAAGGAUUCCCCCGUUGAUUAUAAUUAUUUCAUUUUUUGGUGGUUGGUUGGUUAGUUGCCGCUGCGAGUGGGGUUUGGUUUUUUGGUUUGGUUCUGGUUUUUUUUAACACCAUGUCUAAUCCUGGUGCCCCUCAAGACGCUGGUAACAAGCCCAACAUGUUGGACAGAAAUAACCCAGAGGACUCGCAGCCCCCUGUUAACUCCGAGAGGAGGAACAAAAGUGGGAUCAUAAGUGAACCUUUGAACAAAAGUCUUAAGAAAUCGCGUCCACUCUCCCAUUACUCCACCUUCAGCAGCAGCAGCUCGGUAAGCGAACAUUCAGAGAAAGGAACCUCCUUAGCUAAUGGCAAUGAAGCCACAACUGUGGAUAAAAGUCACUCUACCUCAAAGCACAAAAAUAUCUCUAGUAUGCUGAGCAAAUCAGACAGGGCGUCAGAAAUCUCAUCAGAAGGACAGAUCAGCCUACAACAGUUUGCUCAGUCUACAGAUAUGCUCAAAAGAGUGGUACAGGAGCACAUUCCUUUACCAAAUGACCACGGGACUGGUAUCUCUGAUAUGGAAGCGGUCUCAGCUGCAGAGACAAUGAACAGCCCUUCUGAUUUUCCUUACCUGGGGGCUUUUCCCAUAAACCCAGGCCUUUUCAUUAUGACCCCUGCUGGCGUGUUUCUGGCAGAGAGCGCGCUCCAUAUGGCUGGCUUGGCAGAGUACCCAAUGCAGAAUGAAUUGGCAUCUGCCAUCAAUUCUGGGAAAAAGAAACGGAAAAGAUGUGGCAUGUGCCCUCCAUGCCGAAGACGGAUAAACUGCGAGCAGUGCAGCAGUUGUAGGAAUCGCAAAACUGGCCACCAGAUUUGCAAAUUCCGAAAAUGUGAGGAACUCAAAAAGAAGCCGUCUGCAGCGCUGGAGGCUGCAACUGCUAAAAGGCGUAAGUCUCCCCCGCAGGACAAGUCCAGCUGUAUAGUAACAGAACCCCAAAGACACUGAAAUAAGGUGAUGCUUCCUACAGGAGCUGCAUUCAGAUGGUUUCAGUAGGAAUGAGAAUUCCAAAGCUCUGUCAUCCAAGUGCAAUGUCACUGCUUGCUUGUGUUGUCUCAGGCAAGGAAUUUUUUGGCUGAAAUGAAUGGAUGCACCCGUGUCUCUUUAGAACCAAAAAUAUUUUCUCGCAGAUUUCAUUCCUGUUUUUAUAUAUAUAUUUUUUUUGCGUUUGUUUUAACAUCUUCAAGUCCUAGUAAAACAUUUAACUGCUUUUCAAAUAAUAAUAAUAAAAAAAUGGAUCUGUAAAGUACCAAGACUUAAUAGACAGAGUAUGGACAAUCAGUUUCUUUCUGUGUUUUGGUGUUGAUGUUGUUUAUGUGUGGAAGAUGCAGUUCUUGUGUAGAGAAUGUAAAUUUACAGUAACCUUUUAAAAUCUAGUUACUAAUAAGCACUACUGUAAUUUAGCACAGUUGUUUAAUUACACCCUCAUUUAUACUUUUUAUUUGAUUAUUUCCCAUCAUAAAAUAGAGUGGAUAGUUUCUAGAAUGCCUCAACUUCAUGUUUAUAAAUGAGAAUAUGUUUAAAACGAUGUAGUAUCCCUUUUCCUAACCAUUCCCAUAUGUAAGUUUAACCAGCAAGAAGCUUGGUAUUAAAAAUGAAAGAAUUGCUGCAAAAUGGGCAGUCUUGGAAAAAAAACCAUUGUUAGUUUAUUAAUAUAGAACAAGAAAUCCUGCAUACAGGGAAAACAAGAUCCUAACUGCAAUGGUUUACUUAUAGAAAUCAUUUUUAUAAACUUACUGAAGUUAAAAGCAAAAUAAAAAAAAUUGCAGGACCUGUGCUGAAGCAGUUCUGAAAGCUAAUAUUUCUCUUACGUUCAAAUCCCCGUCUCUCCAGCUCUCUCUACAUCAGUAAAUUGAAAUGCUGUUUGUAAUGUUUUAGCGAUCCAGGCUGUUUUGUGAAUAAAAUGAAUGCAUGUUUUGUGUCAUGA